AUUAAAGUGAAUUAAUUCAUAUUUAUUAAUAUAGCUAUUAUAUGUAAAUGUUGUUUGAUUAUAAAAAAUAAUGUUUUCAUUGACAUAAGCGUCAAUAUAAACAAUGGCAAACGAAGCAACUCAGCUACGUAAAUCUGCACGUUUAUUUGGCAAUGUCUUGCUUAUAUUCUGCACAGUUGGAAUGCUAUUGUCCGUGUACGCACUUUAUGUUGAAAUUCACGCAGAGGGAGACUCAAGUUUUAAAGCAUGGUGUGACAUAAAUCCUAAAAUGAGCUGUUCUAAAGUGUUUACAUCAAAGUACGGAAAAGGUUUUGGAUUAUUGGAGUACAUCGUCGGAAAAACAAGUGUACUAAAUCAACCAAAUAGUAUUUUUGGUAUGAUGUUCUACAUCCUUCAAAUAAUAUGUGCAAUGACGGUAUCCGGCAGUCUAGCAAGCUUAGCUUUAGGAACAAGUAUUGUGGCGAACUUUGGCUCCGCCUACCUGGCGUAUAUAAUAGUAUAUAUACUAGAUGAUGUGUGUGUGGUGUGUGUUUCUACUUAUAUAGUCAACGCUGUAAUUUUAUACUGCUGUUAUCAAAGAUAUUAUAAGAUUGUAAAUAUUGUCAAUAUUGCCAAAAGUAAAAAGCAAAAGUGAUAGAAAAGGACAAAAUACUCGAUUCAAGGUGUCUCGCCUCAUUGUCUCAUUGCUUCAAAUGCCAAAGUGUCUUACAGUUUGAGAUUAUCAUACAAAAAGUCUGGUUAUUUUGAACUUAUUUGUAGAAACGAAUAUGGAAGGCUUAGCUUAGUAUACUAACUAAAAUACAAAAGCAUAUAUAUGUCACUCUAUAUCAUUUUAUAUCUCUUGGCUUAACAAAUGAUAAUGUUAACAAGUGGUUUACUAUUAAGUUAACGUAGCAUCGUUGUUUUUAAUAUAGUGCCAUAUAUUUUUCUCAUCUAAUCAAAAGGUUUUUUUUCAUGUAGUCCUAACAGGAUCUAACAUAAUGUUUAUUAAAACUUUAUGUUAUUUUCUUUUUGGAUUAAAAUACGGGUUUUUAUAAGAAAAUAGCACUUUAAGAAUUUGUUCCGUCCUAUGUAAUUUCAAAUUUAAAUGAACAAUAAAAGUGUAGAUUUAACGUCAGUACUUAGUCUUUUAACUUGUGAAAAUAAAUAUUAAUAGUAUACAAGAAUAUAAGGUAAUAAAUAAACUCAAUGUAUUCAACCAAUUCCAUUUAAUCCAGAGUUUUAUAUUAAAAAGUCGUUAUUCUUGCCAGGACAUUCCAAUCGGGUGUGGCAGCUUAUUGUUACAUUCCACACAGCCAAACAGCGGACAGAAUAGACUAUAAUAGGUUGUAAAAUGACUACAGCAGGUCCAGUGACAAAUAUAACAUAUGGAUUACGCAAAUAACACGUGAUUACGAUAUUUACUCGUGUUGGUCGUCUUUUUACAGAACGAUAUGUCACACUAAUCGAACACACACUUCUUAUUCUUAGUCUUUGUUCGUAUUCCUUGAUGUCACAUCUUCGCUAGCCAAGGGUUACGACCCAAUCCCGUGAACGGGAGUGGAUCGUAGGAUCGUAACGCUUAGCUAGCGGAGACGUGAUAUUGCGGAAUACGAUAUAUGAAAUUGAUGAUCUCUCUCACUGAAAAUGGGUCGAUAAUCCCGAAAAUAUCUGUUAAUGGCACGGUAAAUGGGAGCAAAUUCGAAGAACUAUGAAUCAAUUAUAGAGGACCUUAUUAAUCAUUCAGUACAUUCAGGUAAUUAGCAUAAUUGUGACAAUCGAAAUUUGAUGUCAAUCUCUUGUACAAAAAAUGUUAUAAGUAAAGUAACACUUUAGUAUGUAUAUUAACAGUAUAUUUUUUAUAUUGUAAGCAAAUUGAAAGCCAAUUGUGAGUCAGUGAAUUAGGGAAAGACCAUUUAACUUCAAGAGGGGAUUAUGUUUCGUUCCUAAACAAUAUUCUGAUCUCAUAUUUGACGAAAAAAAUAUUGUGGGCAAGUAGAUGAAAAACAUAUUCGUAAUCCUUAUUUCCCCAAUCCCCAAUACAUUAUAGUGUUAAAUUUUGAAGAAAACAAUUAUUUGGUUGAUAGCUUCAAAAAAAUAGCGCUUCGAGCAAAAUAAUUUAUUACUGGGAAUAAAACAUAGACCCCCUACUCGGGGUUAAAUGAUUGUGCCCUUAGAAUGUAUGUGUCUGCACUAGUUGUUUCUCAAAUUGUAUUCGAUAUUGUAAUAAAUGCAUAUUUUGAUAUUUUA